CGCGGUCACACUGGACAACGUGCACAAAAUAAAAAAUCGAAUUACAGGAUUAUCAACAAUCUAAAACCCCCGAAAAAGUUAGUAGAUAGUGAGAAAGAUCUUCUGCAAAUCGCUUAAUCAUAAUGAUAAGAAGUAGCGGACUUUAAUCGCGGAGUUUAGAGGCAACAACAAUAAAUGUGAGCAAUAGCAAACACUGCUCACACACACACUUGCACAAACAGAUGAAAAUCUGGAAAUUGUCAUUUUCUAUUUUUUUGUUCUGUAAAACCAAGCAGUCAUCGAUUUGUUGACACAAUUAGAAACGAAAUAUUAAAGCACACAUCUAUCUUGAAAUAACUCCGCAUAGUUUUUUCUAUACGGAAAAAAGAGAAACUCCGUUCAGUGGGUGAAAGGAACCACUGUGGUCGCAUUUUCUGCGACGACAUCUCGGGACAAAGAACACAUAGUUUUACAAGAGUUGAGUGUGCAACGCGACGAUUACGAAUCCAAAGGUGUCUGUUAAUGACGCUCGCUUUUCGCCCCCUCAAAAAAAGUAUUAAGUUUAUACGAUAACUUGCAACAAAGGAGAAAACACGGCUAGGGACACAAAAAUAACAACGCACCACCAUGACAAUCAAGCCAGUGAGCGCACCACCAAGUGCGAAACGCGUGGCUGGUAAUGUGGAUCCGGAUAACAAGGAGGCCCAGGUGGUUGUGGUCGAACAGUCGGUGGUCAGUCAGACCCACAAUCAUACCCUUAGCCACAACCAUCGCAACGUCGUCAUCGACGGUCAUGGACAGAGUCCUCAGAGGCGUAGCGAAGUCUAUGACGAACUGGCACGCACCCAUCGCUGCAGCCCACACAAGAGCACGCGUUCAAAACGUCGCGACCACCACGAAACUCACGCCCACCACUAUAAACGCGAUCGUCUUGAGCGUGAAAAAUUAAACCAUCCGGCGGCAGCGGCAAGCAGUGGAGGACCCGGCUCAUCUGGCAACAAGUGCAAUAGCCCACCGUUGGCUUCGACUUCUGGCAGUAGCAGUCCUUCAGCGGUGGGCAGGAACUCACCCGAACAUUUGGGUCUAGGCUGCACCACUGUACCCAAAGUUCAGGUUCAGAUGUCGCCUGCUGCCGGAGGAGAUGACAAUCUACUGAAAUCAGCAGAGGAGACAUCCGGCUAUAACAGUGGCGAUGAACACCGUCAGCCCAAGGAGCGCUUGAUUCCAGUGGAGGAGUGGCAACGUCGCGAUGUCGAGUUCGCGAAGUGCAUGGAAGAACGCGGCUAUGAACUGAAGCCUGUUGAGGAGGAUGGUGCCUGCCUCUUUCGCUCCAUCUCGCUGCAAAUAUAUGGUGACGAGGAGAUGCACGACGUGAUCCGCCAACACACAAUGGAUUAUAUACAUGAGAAUCGCGAGUAUUUUGGUCAGUUUGUCACCGAGGACAUCAACAGCUAUAUACAGCGCAAACGAGCUCGCGACGCUCAUGGUAAUCAUAUUGAGAUCCAAGCCAUAUCUGAGAUAUACAGCCGCACUGUUGAAGUAUACUGCUACCAGUCAAAUCCUAUUAAUAUCUUUAACUCAGAACAGUCGCAGGCAGGAUAUCCGCCUUUGCGUUUAUCCUAUCAGCGCGGCUCACACUACAAUGCUAUUUUAGAUCCCUACAACGCCACCGUUGGCGUGGGCCUGGGCUUGGCUGGUUACAAGCCCGAGAUCCAAACAAAAGAGGCAGUGCGCCUCAGUGAACAGUUGGAAAUCGAACAGACCAUGUUUGAGGAUAAGCUAAAAACAACAGACUGGGAGGCCACUAAUGAAGCUAUCGAGGAGCAAAUAGCUCGCGAGUCCUAUUUGCAGUGGUGCCGCGAGAAUAUGCAACGAUCACGCAGCAGCAACGCAGCUGCAGGAUCGGCUACAUCUUCAACUGUUACUUCGGCGGAGGCCCUGACAGAUUCUGAUGCAUCGCCCUCAAAAUACUCGGUUUGUGGGGGCAGCGGCAGCAGUGGCAAUCAGGCCGUAUCUUUAACCAGCGGCAGUGGUGGUGAUUCCGCGGCACCCGCGUUUUCCCUGUCGCCGAAAACGCUCAGUCAGUUUAGCCACAAGUUACCAUCGGAAGUGAACGAACUGGGUGGCUACGAAAGCGAUGCCACAGAUAUGAGUAGCACUAGCUCGGUGGGACACUGUGGUGGUAGCUCAUCACCGAGCACAGCUUCUAGCCAACGUUCUGGAAAAGGAUCAAAGACACAGCGGCGCACUACCACCCUCAGAAAGAAGCGACGCCACGAGACUCGCGAGACGCCUUUGGCUAGCAUGAGCGCCGAGGUUUUAGAGGCUCCGCUGAGAAAAAGUCCGAAGCGUGAUUCAGUGCCGUCAGUGGCUCGCGCUAACACCCCGGAGGCUGAACAGCGCCCCUGCACCUCAAAGCAGUCUUCUCGAUCGCCACAAAAUGGUGGAGAUGGGAAGUCGCCGAUGGAGCAGAAUUACUCCAGCUUCUACCAGGAAUUGCUAGAAGCAUCAUACGCAAAUGAGGGAGUUAACGAGAGCGAGAUGCUACAGCAGGCCAUCCAGAUGUCCACACGCGAUUACAUGGAAGACCAAAAGCGCAAGUUUCUCUGUGGACCGUAGAGUGUGGCCCAUAGACACGCUUCAUUCUCUGUACAGUGAUUUAGCAGUUCUUUUCGCAACGAAAACGAAACACAAAACUUACCAAAAAAAAAAAACAAAACGAAAAAUACGCAGAAAUUAUCUACGAUCUUGAAUGUUGAAAAGUGAGCGUGAAACGACCUUGCAAUUUGAGCAAUGGGAUUUGGGCCACUUCCGCUUUGACACAUUUGCACUCUCACAUAAAGCUAUCCCUAUAAAUAUUAUAAUACAAAACUAUAUUUUUAAUAAGUCCUCGUUGUAUAAUCACUAGAACCCAAAUUAAAAAUCCAUAAAGAGUUAA